ACGAAUCUGUAUUUGCCGUAAAUCAGUUUUCCACCGACUAACACGAUGUCCAGACUGCGCAAACUUAGAAAGUCCAAAACAGAAGCUGAAGAAUACGAGUCAGUCCUUUUCCCGAGAGAAGAGGAUAAUAAUUCAGAUGACUCAAGUAACGAGGAAAUCGAAGACAUUGUAUUGAACACAAGAAGAGUGACACAAGAUGAACACAGUGAGGAAGAAGAAGAGGCAGGGCUGGUGGAAGAUGAUGAUGUUCCUGAAGCGAUGUCCUUCUCCUCUGGACGUGAGACAGCGCUACACCAGAUGAAAACAGCCCUGCAGCAAAUUGGACGAAACAAAGAGAAAAUGAAAGAAAAGAGGAGGCAGAUUAAUGAACAGAACAAGUUACAAAAGCAAAAGAAAUUAGAAGCCCUUGCAAAGAAGAAGUUAUCAGCGGAUUUUUUUGACGAUCUGCCGGACGUUAUUCCAAACUCAAACAACUUAAAGCGAAAAGCAGUCCACACCAAUGACAGUCAGCCAGCCAGAGACUCCGAGGAUGAAGAAAGUUUUGCCGACACGGAAGAAGAUCAGGACGUUAAUGAUGAUUUCAUUCCAUUAGAGGAAAGGUUGGGAGGCGUUUCUGUAGAAAAAGUAAAAGAGACCAAGAAAAAGGUGCUAACCUCUGUAGAACAAGCCCUACAGUUCAAACAACAGAAAUUGUAUGGCGGGAAAAUUCCUCGAAUGACGAGUGACAGUCUAUUUGCACUGAAAGGGAAGCGGAAAUACUGCUUCACACAAACUGUCAUGGACGCCACGAAGGAGGACGAUGCCGAGCUCGAUACUUUGAGACAAGAACUAGAUUGGCUUCUGAGGGACCAAGUCCACAAGGUUCUGGAGGAAAUUAACAGCAUUCUGUGGGAGUGCUCUAGGCGUUUCCCAACACGGCCAGGAUAUGAUGAGAGCAAAUGUAUGGUGACCCCUCAGAGGCUGCUUCUGACUUGUGCAAAUGGCACUAACGGAUCUGUAAAGUGUGUUGUAACAUUAGAAGGGGACAGGAUCUCAGGAGGGGACAUCAGCUUUAAACACAAACAGGGUAAAGACAACCAUAGCUACAAAACGACGAUAAACCCAGAGGUCUCGUGGAAAUUACAACAGAUCCAAGAUGCCACAAAUUUUUUGUACAGUGCCAUGAACACAAUAGAGGAACAAGAAGAAAGAGACCGUUACACAUCAGCCAAACAGGUCAUUCUGCUCCUGGACAAAGUUAUAGACAGCUUGAACCAGGGAAGAUCUGCCUUAGCAUUUCCUAAAAGGAAGUCCUUGGAGGAACUGUUGUAUAACAGAAAUAUGGUUGAGUGCUCUGUGCAAUGGUUGAAUGAAGCUGUGAUGUUGUUCACACUAGCCUUACAACGAUGUCAACAACUGAAAGACAAGGUCAGGGAGUGGCUAAUGAAUAUAGUACAUAGGUCACAGGCGGGAGAUGAGUCUGAUUAUGAGGCUGCUGUUCACGGCUGUACACUGGCGGAUGACGUGGAGAUUUCACGCGCCGAUUCCGGCGACCUAGAUCCCGAACAGAGUUACUGGAUCAGCGGGAAACAGUUAGAGUUAGGCUGCCAACCAAGAGGAAGCUGUACUCGGUUGGUAGUGGGACAGAUUCGGAGGUCUGGCAAACAGAGUCUGGACUAUAUCUGUAUGGACCCUUUGUCCUCUAGACGUCUGACAAGAAUGGCCGUUCAAUGUGCUGACGGAUAUGACGUAGCAAAUAUAACAACAUACGAAGAUAUCAACUACCUCUACAACAGGUCCGUGUUUCCCAUCAACCGUACCAUGGUCAUCAGAAACUUCUAUCGGCCAGGCUAUCAGACGAGGUGUAGGACGGCGACCCGGGGGGACACGGGAGUGACCUUCACUUACCGGGACUGUCACAGUUCGCUCCCCUCGCUAUGCAUAACAGGCGCAAGUGGCUCGCUAACAACGCUUACUAUCAUAGAAUAUGACAACAUAAAAACAAGAAUUAAAGCAAGAAUACCGGAUCAAAGAACGGAAGUGUUUCAGGUUUUAUCCACCAUGGGCCCUAUUGUGACUCUCUUUGAUAAUGCCACGCGGACGGAUGACGACAAACUUCAAAGAGACAUCCAGCAAAAUAAUGAUGCCGGUCUGUUUAGUCUUGGACCAGUUCACCUAUUAUCCAUUGGAUUUGCUCUUGUGCUCACUUUCAUCGUGUUGCUGAUCAUAAUCAUUGUACUUAUUAAAAGAAAUCGCAGACAGAAAGUACUUGGCACGCCCCCUAGUAUCAAGGACAACGAAAACGAAUAUGCCUCAUGGUUCUCCAGCAAGGAACAGCUGACUGAGGGUUCAAAGGGCAGCAAUGAGGGGGAAGGCUGUCACUACAUGACGAUCCCCGCAGACAGGGACUACCAAUCACUAGAGCUCUUUGAUCAAACACCCGCCAACCUAAGUCACGUUUACACAUCUGUGACGUCAUCCGGCCAGGCGCGCGUGUUCGGAAAAAAACAUUCUGUUUCUU